CUAUGGUUUCAAAUCGAAGUCGUCGGGUGAAGGCACUGGAAGUCAUCAUGGAAUACUAGUGGCACAAAUAUAUCAAAAUGAGAGAUACAAUAAUCGUGCUGGUGCUCCUGCAGAUCAUCGGAUCGUUGCAGGGCCAAAUUCUGCCUAAGGAAAUUAAGAAGUGUCAUUUUGGAGAUUCUAAGUGCAUCGUUAAUUCCAUGAAUGCCAUAAUAAAGAAAUAUCCCAAAGGCAUACCGGCGAUCGGAUUGAAGCCCAUUGAUGUGGUGGACAUUAAGGACUCAAAGUUCUGGAAUGACGCAAUGGUGGGCGCCUUCUGGUUGAACUUCGAUCUGUUCAAUCAAGUGAACUACGGCUUCGAGAACACGACGAUCACAAAGGUGAGUGGGUUCGAUGAGAAUCCCACAUCCAGCUUGAUUGAAAUACACGGCCGGAUACCCAGUCUCAUCCACAAGGGCGACUACUUCAGUAUGGGAAGGGUGUGGAUUGUACGGAUGAAUUCCACGGGGGAAUCCCUUUCGGACUUUCAAAACUUUCGCUUUGUUCUCAAGCUGAAGGUCAUAAUGGAGUAUCGCAAUAAUAAGCGCUACUUGAAGAUAUACGAGCUAACCCCCUUCGUGACCAUGGACCGAUGGGUAUUCUGGCUAGACAACUUUUUCGAAUCCAACACGGAUAUGACGAUAGCCAUUAAUCAGGUGUUCAAUCUGCACUGGGUUGAGUUUUGGAACGAGCUGGAGCCCACAAACCUGAAAAUAUUCGCCGGUGUGUUUCGCUCCGUUUUCGAGGAUAUUUUCAAAAAGGUCUCAUACGAUGACAUGUUCUUGCCGAUUUCCAAAGAGUUCGAAGUAAACGAUUAAAGGUGAUUAAAUAUA